AUGGCCGAUUUCAAUGUAGAUGUUCUUGUCAUAGGCGCUGGGCCUACCGGUCUCGGGGCAGCCAAAAGAUUAAACCAAGUCGAUGGACCCUCGUGGAUGAUUAUCGAUUCCAACGAAAAGCCAGGUGGCCUUGCUUCUACCGAUACGACACCUGAAGGAUUUCUUUACGAUGUUGGUGGCCACGUAAUAUUCUCUCACUACAAGUACUUUGACGACUGCAUCAAUGAAGCACUGCCCAAAGAUGAAGAUUGGUUUACUCACCAGCGAAUAUCCUAUGUACGCUGCAGGGGCUGCUGGGUUCCAUAUCCGUUCCAAAACAACGUCUCAAUGCUGCCAAAAGAAGAGCAAGUAAAAUGUAUAGACGGAAUGAUUGAAGCUGCUCUCGCUGCGCGUACAAUAUCCAACAAACCUGCAAACUUCGAUGAAUGGAUAGUACGAAUGAUGGGAACUGGAAUUGCCGAUAUUUUUAUGCGACCAUACAAUUACAAAGUUUGGGCAGUCCCCACAACAAAAAUGCAAUGUGCAUGGCUUGGAGAACGUGUUGCUGCCCCUGAUGUCAAAACGUGUGUUAGGAAUGUUAUAUUAAAUAAGACAGCCGGUAACUGGGGUCCCAAUGCGACAUUUCGAUUCCCUGCUCGUGAUGGUACGGGUGGUAUAUGGAUUGCGGUCGCUAAAACUUUACCCAAGGAAAAGACACUCUUCGGAAAGAAUAGCGAGGUCGUCAAAGUAGAUGCUGAUGCUCAUCUCGUUAGACUAAAGGAUGGGAAAACCAUCAAAUACAAAAAGCUUAUUUCUUCCAUGGCAGUUGACCACCUUGCUGGCUACAUAGAAGACGAAGAUUUAAUCAGCCUAAGCAAGGGAUUAUACUACUCGACGACUCACGUAGUUGGAGUUGGUAUCAGAGGGGCUCGUCCGGAAAACAUUGGAGAUAAGUGCUGGUUAUACUUUCCAGAGGAUAAUUGUCCAUUUUACCGUGCAACUAUAUUUUCUAAUUAUUCACCCUACAAUCAACCCGAUAAAUCCACGAAGCUGAAGACAAUAUAUCUUGCUGACGGCAGUAAACCUGAAACAGAUGACCCUCAGGAAGGUCCAUAUUGGUCGAUAAUGUUAGAAAUAUCAGAGUCUACGAUGAAAUUAGUAGACAAUGAAAACCUUCUUAAAGACUCGAUUCAAGGUCUUAUCAACACUGAGAUGAUUAAGCCCCAAGAUGAGAUUGUCUCAACAUACCACCGCAAGUUUGACCAUGGAUACCCUACACCUACACUUGAACGUGAAGGUAUUCUCAAUCAGCUCUUCCCAAAACUUCAAGCAAAAGAUAUCUAUUCCCGGGGGAGGUUUGGCAGCUGGCGAUAUGAAGUCGGAAACCAAGAUCACUCUUUCAUGCUUGGAGUCGAAGUUGCUGAUCAUAUUGUUCACGGUGCUGUUGAGCUGACACUGAACUAUCCAGACUUUGUCAACAGCCGAGAAAAUAACGAGCGAAGACUCCACUAG